AUGUCCUCCACACAUUGCCAAUUAUCAACGAACAGUCAUUUCACUGCUAUCAUCGUGAUUCCUGCCAUCAUCUAUACACUACUGCUCACAUUGUCAAGCACGCUUGCCAGCGCCUAUGUGCUCAAUCCCACCAACAUCCUCACACUGGCCAAAUCUGCACAACCACAACAGCAGCAAUACUCGUAUCAAGAACGUAAGCCCACAUCAGCGCUUGCUUCCAAAGUACUAUUUCAUAGUCCAUCCUUGGCAAACUUCUACAAAGAUAUGAUUGUCUCAUCAAAGCCACUGCAUCUACGCAAACAUGGUAAUGGCCAGAAGGCGAAGAAAACGAAGAAGGACUCGAAAAUCUAUUAUAUUCCAAUACCUCCAAUGCCAUAUCGUUAUAUACCCGGUGUGGGAUUGGACUAUCAGCCAGUCAAAAUCAAGCCCAUUUUGCAAGAGGCACCAUUGGCGGCAGGCAGCAUUGCUGGUUUGAAUCAAAUUGCACAUGUGAGUAGUAGUAGUAGUAGCAAUGCGGGUGGACCGACGACAGUCAACGCGAAUCAGCACGCAGCAUUAAGCCAGCUGAGUGAAAAUAAUAACCGCACACCUGUUGGUAGUAAAGGUGCUUCCCAUGGGAGUGCGAACAAAAAUAAGCUUGAUGUAUCGGCAAAUAGACUGACCAGCAGCGUAGGCGGCGAAAGUAAAUUGUAUCGCAUGCAUCGCGGUGAUUAUUAUUUCAAUGGACGGCCAUUUAGACUGCAGGUGGCGCAUGCGCAACCAAAGAAUCAAUUAACGCCACUUAAUUUUAAGUCUAAACUGUAUUUUAACAAGAAUAUUAUUUAUUAAAUUAUUAAAGCCAACAAAUGAUGAAGACUAACAACAAUAUAAUAGUAUAUGUGUUCUAUUUUAAUCAACGGUGUAGUGAUGUGGGUGAGGAGGUCAGCUUGAGGCAACUCAGACAACUCAAUGUGCUGGUUUACAUAUUGGUAGGCUUUGGAUUUAUUUUUUUCAUUUAUUGUGGCCUUGAACUCGAAAUCAAAAUGAUUUAAUGUUAUUUUGAUGCCAUUACAAGUUAUUUCAGAUAAUUAAUUACCUCUCAUUACCAGUAGCAAUAUUUACAAAGCGAAUUCGUUUGAUUUGUUACUGGUAAUUUAUAUAAUAUUUUGCAUGCGUAUGAAUAUGUGUUAGUGAAAUAAUUUGCCGAAAU